CGACCGAAGAAGAUUAGGAUCUUUUAACACACACACAGCCGCGGUUUCUUUUGCGGACGUCCUUAAAUUUUAGUAGAUGUUUUUGUGUUUUAUGGGUUGAAUUUUAAUUCCGGAAUGCGGACCGUCCGUUCAUGGACAGUCGAUUGUAAUUCUCAGCGGUGGCGAGGUCGAAACCUCAUCGGAAAAUCAAAUCCAGAACGCACACAUCGCAUCACACAGGAUGUUGCAACCGCCCUAGUCGUCAGUCAGGUGACGAUAACGAAAAAAGCGACGUGCGAUAUAGAGCUGCGCACCUUUAUUCCUUCCUGUGUGUUUAUCAUUUGUUCACCUUCUUGAUGACCUUAGCUUAUGGAAUUAACAGCUUUAGAUAAGAUGUUAAGCAGGUAUAUAGGUGCCAAAGUCGUUGACUGUCUUAACCGAUCCUUGAUCCGCCCAUGGGACCGCAUUUUUCAGACGCAGUCAAUUGGGACCGACUUCAUCUCCUGUGUUUUUAGAGGUGCCAUUAACGAGGAGGAAACUAUUGGGAGAAGGAAAUGCGCAUUUUUUUGGCGACAUGUUCAGUCAGUUCUCGACGCAGUCGGAGGGAAUUUCAAAAUCAAGGAGAAGAGAGAGACGUCGCAGUUAAGAAUAGCACCUGACUUUGGAUCCCGUGUGAGAUGAUGGCCCCAGGAACCACCGCCAGUGAGAAAAAGAAAAUUCGAUAUGAAUCGACAGAGACACACACAACUCCUCCCCCGGAGCAAAUACAGAGUCGGUGGUGCGCUUAUUCCAACCCGCCAAAGUUCCAGUUCCAGUGAAUGAUCGUCGUGUUCCACCUCUCUAGUCCUGUACCACAGGCAGAGGGCAUGGAUUCUAUGCGUGUCGGUGCAUUUUCAUUCCAUCCAUCCGUCCGUCCGUUUCUUUGGAAGAAGAAAAAGAAGAAGGGAGAGAGAAAAGGAGAAAAGACGGUUGUUGAUUGGUUGACUUGCUUCUCUCUACCUGGCGCAGGUGAGAGAUGGGGUGGGAGGAGAGUUUUCAAAAAAAGAAAAAAACGGGUGAUUCUUGGCGUGUGUAUGAAAACACACAGAGAGAGGACGUAGACACCGGAGGGGAUAUUAUGGACCGCGGGUCGGCCGCUACGGUCGCCACUGCAGCGCCUAGUAGAGACGAGAGACUGGCUCGACUUUAGUAGUGCUCGAGCAAGCUUCGGAGCUGGUAUCCAAGUGAAGGGAGCCCCCAACAACAAUCUCUUUCACACAGUACUACAUUACAAUACCGUUUUCUCUCUCUCUUUCCCUCUUACAAACCUCCGCUAAAAGGAAAAGAGAGAAGUCAACUGUGAGAGGCUUGGACGGAAUUUUCUUUGUCCCUUUCACACGAGUGCCCUCCGUUUGUUCGACGUGUUGGGGUGAAGAAAACAAAGUGCGUCCGAGUUCGGUUAAGUUUUUCUUAAGGGGGAGGGAAAUAUUCGGCGUUGUUUUGAUUUCAUUUAUGUAUUUGGGGCUGUUGUACAACACAAGCUGGGUCGUGUGAGUUGGAAAUGUUCCAGCAGCUGAAGAAGUAGCCCAGCACUUUUCUCUCCUUUUUUUUAGCCAUUCAAUUUUGGUUUUUUCCUCAUCUUCCUUGGCUGGAUCGGCAACAAGAAAAAGAUCCAAUUCGAUGGAUGGAGAAGUUCAACGUCCGUUGGUCGCCAUCCUCGUUUCUCGUGUCAUCUCGUCCACGCAGAAUUGUUGAUUGUGAAUUCGGAUAGAAGAAAUGUGCCGCUACUUUGAUGGGUCAUCUUGUUAAACGGUCGACGGAUUGUGACAGUGUCCAGUUAUUAUCCCGUUAGUCGAUACAAGAAGAAAUAGAAGCCAGCAAGCACCGUGUUCUUUGCCUCCUCGUACAAGAGAGAGAAAUAAUCCGAAAAAGAAGAAGAAGAAUAAAAAAGUGUUCCGAGAGAGAAAAUCGUGUCCGGGUCCCCUGUGCGGAAUUUGUCUUCCCAUAUAAAGAGAAAACAAGGCAUUCUGGACAUGUUUUCGACCAUGUUGAGCGGCGGUGGUAACCGGCGGGCCACCAGUUUGGGCAAGGGCCACCUCAGUCAGGCGGCGGCCGCCCGACUGGCCCGCACUUCUUCCUGGAACGACGGCCUGGACGGCGCAGGAAUUCCAACGACUCCCUCGACAAACAACGAGACAACCACUUCUUCUUCAGCAACAGCAGCAACAACUGGCCAUCAUUCGAUUCUAAGGGUGGCCGACGAGUCGACUCGACAACAACCGACUACACUGCAGCAACUGCAGGCCCAACAACAGGCCCGAAUGCGACGCAGUUCGAUGCGGCGGAUGGUCCGAUUCCGCAUGUCCGCCGGUUCCACCGGAGGUCCGUCGGCGGACGUUGACCCCAUCAACGUCUCCUCUGCCUCUCCUUCAGGUGAGGGUGGUGUUGACGGCGACGGCCAUCUUAGCGGGACAAAGAGUUGCAAUGGCCAGCCGCCGCAUUAUCCAUCGGCUAACGACGGAGCAGAUGCGACCAGCAGCGCCUCGGUGAGAAAUGAAUGCAGAGCUCUUGGCGGUGGUGGCCAUAAGAGUCUGAACGAGAGUCUCGGCAACGUUGGCAGCAGCACCAGCAGCACGAGUAGCAGUUCGGGGGACGAGCGUUCCAGUCGGGCGGCGGUCCCGUUACUAUGGCAACCCAUGAACAAGCAGCAACCCCUGGCCAUGAUGGAGGAAACGAGCAGCAACAGCAGCCGCAGCUCUGCCGCCAGCCCGUUCCCACCUCCGCUAUUGCCUCCGCCUCCUUUUUCUUCUUCUUCUUCAACUUCAAGUUCUUGCCAGCGCUCGGGCGCCAUUCCGACGGCCUUCGUCAGUCCAGCCGUGUCGACUAGUGAAUCGGUGGCAGCUGGAAGCCGAUCCGCCAGUGAUGCGACAGCCACUCCGCCGUAUUCGUCCAGCACUUUUCAAGUUGAAUCGGAACAAGAGCCAACGAAUCGAUGGCCGUCUGCAACGAAUAACUCGGCCGCCGUAGUGUCUCAUCCGCCGACCGCCUCGCCAGUUAACUCUUCCGGGCCCGGAAGAGAAGUGCUAGUGCGUCAAGUGUCGCGUUUCUCUGUCAUGCAGACGUCCCUGGAUGGGGAGCAAUUGUCGUCCUCGGCUGCUGCUGCCGGAACGGCUGGCGACUCUUUGGCCACUCCGCCGUCUGGCGAUCCUUGCAGCAACAGCAGCGCCACUAGCGGCGUCCAUCGUCCCCUGACGUCGUCGUCGUCGAAUCAAUCGAGACGUCAACGCGGACGGAGUGGACGGACUCGUGAAAGUGGCGGCGGAGGUGGCGGAGGUCAUUCACGGGCUCGGCGCCAACGUUCCAACAUGAGCGCCGCUUCCGGAACUUCACGCGCCUCGACCGUCUCGUCACCUGAUACGCCCAUUGUCCGCUCGCAAAGAAGGAGGAAUCGCAACGCGGAUGGCAACGUCGAUCCCGAGGAAGAGUCACGCCGGAAAUUGGGCGGCAUUUGGCCGCACAACAUGUCGCCCAUGUUCGCCCUGCUGGCCGCCACCCUGGGCCUCUUCAACGUCUCCCGUUUCGCCCUGUUGAGCAUCGAGUACGGCGGCAAUUUUAUCGUCCAGUUUAUGCUCCUGUCGUUCCUCUUUGGCAUCCCGCUCCUCUGCUUUCACGCCUGCCUCGGCCAAUUCCUCGGCUCCAACGUCAUCGACAUGUGGCGCAUCUCGCCCAUUUUCAAAGGAGUGGGCAUCGCUCUGCUCAUCGGCCAGGCCAUCAGCGGCAUCUACAGCAUCGUCGGCGUGGCCUGGAUGUUCUUCUACUUCCGCGAUUCCUUCAUCGCCCAGGAGGAUCGCUACAAAUGGUCAAAAUGCUACGAGCAAAUUCGCGGCUGCUCCCAACCUACCAACUACUCGUUCAGCCUCGAAGAAACCAUUCCCGAUUACUUCCAGGCCCGGGUGUUGCAGCGCAGCGCUCCCUGGUCGCCGCCACUCAGCUUCAUGUCUCUCAAGUUUGAGCUGGCCUUCAACUUGGCCGUUAUCUGGAUGAUCGUUUUCGUAGCCCUCGGCAAAGGGCUGCGUUCGUACGGCAAAGUGGUUUACGCCUUCGGCACUUUGCCCAUUCUCGGCUAUUUCAUCAUCUGCGUCAAGGUGCUGGGCUACAGCUCGUCGGUGCCGACCAGCGGCGUUGGAGGCGUCCUCGACCGGACUCCUUGGAACGAGUUUUUCACAGACACCAAAGUCUGGGUGAUUGCAGCCCGCGAGGUGUUUAUGACUUGGGGCAUGUGCGGAGCCAUCGUCAUGCAAAUCACGUCGCACAAUCGGUACGGGCACAGCUUGCGGCGUGACAUUACCGUCGUCAUCGGUCUCACGCUCUUCGUCCUCAUGUUGUCCGGCUUCCUGGCAUCCGCCUGCUUACAAAUCAUCAACUCUAGAGGCCCUUACGAAUACAUCAUGAGCUCAUUCGAAACGGACAAGAGUUACAGAUUCCUCAAGAAUUUGCGAUUCAUGCGACAGCACCAACAGGCCAAUCUUCUCAACAAGCAAGAGGAAUUCCACAACAAUUUGGUGAUGGGAGUGGCUGUGCGUGAAGGUGAUGACGGUCCGGGUGACCAUUCGGGUUACCAGCCGAUCCGACUGGCGACGGAAUUGUUUCCAGCCCUGGUGGCCAUCAUCGGUCCCACCGAGUUCUCACCUUUUUGGGCCGUCCUCUUUUACUUUUCCCUGGUGGCCUUUGGCAUCGCCCAGCAGCUGGCCAUUUGGCAUUGCGUCAUCAACGGCAUCGUGGCCUUUCGCUCGUGUUGUCUCAAAUCCUGGGAGACGACCAUCACCUUUUGCACGUGCCUCGUUGGAUUCUUCCUCUGCCUCCCCCUAGCCACCGAGUUGGGAAUUUCCAUCGUUUACCACCUGGAUUACGUGGUGGGCUCGCUGUGGUGGCUCAUGAUCAUCUACGUCGUCCAAAUAGCGGCCGUCUUGAUUGUUCGCGGUCGGCCGUACAAUGGCGAAAGUAUCGUGGCCGUCCUCGUCAAAGGGCCCGGCUGCAUGGCCAACUGGUGCGUCCCCAUGCUCACUUUCUCGUGGAGCGUCGUUUUGCCCGUUGGACUUUUGGUGCUGAGUGUGUCGUCUUUCAAAAUGGGCCAUUUCUGCGACAUGUUCAAUUGGCGAAUGACCGAAGGCUACGCUUAUUGGCCCCUUUGGGCCCGUCAAGCUGGGUCCAUGCUUCAAUUGAUUCCCAUCCUUCUUAUUCCGGCCGUCGGUCUCAUCCAGUGCAUCCGAUAUCUCUCUUCCGGCCCGUCUGACUUGUUUGAUAGAAUCAAAUUACUUUACCGGCCAAACUUCCGAACGUACCUCAUCCCGAGCCAGUCGUCUUCCCGCACUGCAUCCAGGUCGUCGCGCAGUCAGCAGAGGAGCGAGCGGCGCAGAUCGGGUCGUUCCUCACGAUCCCGUUCGCGUUCGCCAUCGCCUAAUCCGGCAACGUUUCCCGAUCCACCGCCCAAAUACACUCCGCCUCCGACCUACAACACGGCCACUGGAGCGCGGAUUGCCAAAAUGUUGCGCGAGAGCAUCCGGCGCAGUUUCCGCCAGAUCCGCGACAUGACGACCCCCGUCCACACUCCUGGCAACACGGUGACGAGCAUGGCCGCCAUGGCCGAAAUGGAUUUGGCAAGAGAUCAUCACCACCAGACAUCCAUCACUUCCGCUUCCAGGCACUUGCCUCCAGCUUACACUUCCGUCAUCCUGGAAAUGCGUAGCCACGGAUCGGAAAGUCUCCGUCCAGGCAUUCUCAGUGACCGUCUUUCCCAGUUGGUGGACUGCGAAAGUACCGAAGCCUCGACGUCCGGAAGCAGCAGCGCUUGUUCCAGCACGACCGAUUGCACUGGUAAUGGAACGUCCAGUUCCAGCAGCUCAGACACGACGAGCAGCAGCAGUGCUCCCAUGACGGCAGCCGAGCUGACCCGCCUCUUGCGCGAAUCCUUCCGCCGCAGUGCUCGCAGCAGUUUGCGCUUCAUCCGGAAGAACAUGGCCAAGCCAUCCGCCGACACGGAGCGGUCCGUCACCGAUGAUGACGACACGACCGACACGGACCAAGGUGGUGGCCGUCAUUUGGUCAACGGGGCCGUCCGCAUCCACCGCGACCCGUCGCUGUCCAAUGUCGUCGUCACUUUACCCAACGCCACUGGCAAUCAUUCGGAAAGUAUCGCCUGAGCCGCCACCCCGCAGCUUCUCCUGCCUUAUACACCUUGGAUUUUUUGUCCGGCCUCUCUCGUUUCCGUCCGUCCCGAUCUGUUUUUAAUCAUCGAACAAUUCCCGCGCAAUUCUUAUCUCUGUAAAAAAAAGGGAAAAAUUAUUAUUUUUGGAGUGACGUCGAUUUUUUGAGCAGCCCCGUAUCAUUGCGUCACUAAAUGUUGUGCCCAGUCGAGCGAUUGUUGCGCUACAACUGGAGCUCUCUUUCUCUUUCUUUGUAUAUUUUAACGAAAGAGCGUUGGGACUUUGCGAUUGCAUCAAAUAGCAGCAGCAGCAGCUAAACCACAAAGGGAAAUUGGGCUAAAUGCCGACCAAGUGAAAUGUGGUAAUCGAAAGUUUGAUGACGUGCCUUUUUUCUUUUUUUCCCCAAACGAAUGGGGUCAACAGCCACGUUGUUUGGCUAUUUGAUCAGACUAAACAAAACAAAAAAACACAUAUAAAAUUAAUGCGAAUAAUAUCUAAUUCGGAUGACAAUUCCACGAUUUCUUUAUUAUGUGGGACAAAAACAGGAUUUCUAACAUUUGGCUUGAAUUUUAUUUGCGACUUAUUUUGUUGUGUGUAUUUUUACAGUGUAUGAUUCGUGUGUGUCGAUGUACAGACCUAGUCAGAUGAAACCGCGCCUGCAUUUUUCUGUCGCCUCUUUUGUUGUCUGAUGAUUUGACGGUAAGUUUUCAUUUGAGACUCUCUCAACGUCCGACGAUUUUUUCCAUCAUUUUUUUUUUUAAAUUGUGUAAUUUCGCGUACAAUUUUCUCUUGUUGAUUUUGACGUUUUCACCUUUCCCUCCUCGCCGCCUCUCUCUCCUUGACCUUAAUUGACCGUUUGAUUUUCCUCAUUGAAUUAUUAUUGCUGAUGUCUACGUAUUAAACGCCUUUAAUCGGUUCAA